GUCCCUCUACAUCUGUGGAAUUCUCUGGGAUGGCAGUUCACCAGGGACAAUCUAAUGAAAAUAUCCUAAGUGAGUGUGUCUCCAGGGCCUGUCAGACCAGGGCUCUUGACCUCCCGCCAAUCAAUCCGGAUGCUUUCAACCCGAUUAUCAUCCGGUUUCUGGAAAAACUUACAGAGGAGUAUGUCCAAACUUCUAUUGUAGUAUUUGUAUGCAAUGUCAUCUGGAGGAUUUUAUAAAUUGUAUGUGUGUUGGUGUGCUUUUUUGUGCUCAAAACAUCUGAUUAUCUCCUGUAGGCAAUGGAGGCAGUUAAGCAUUGGCAGGAUGGACCCUGUAAGUCCCUUAACCUUGAAAAUUAUGAAUAGAUAUAUUAAUAGAUGUUUCAAGAAAAUUAGAUACAAGCCUUUUAUCUAUCUAUCUAUCUAUCUAUCUAUCUAUCUAUCUAUCUAUCUAUCUAUCUAUCUAUCUAUCUAUCUAUCUAUCUAUCUAUCUAUCUAUCAUCCACAUUAUCACAACCAAUUCAAUUCAAAUAGCUUUUUAGUAGCCUAUUGCUUUUCAUGCUUUCCAAUGUAUGCCACUUUCAUGACUCUCAUGACCAAAUGUGAGAUUGUUGGUAUCUCUUCGAGGAGCUUGGUUUCAGAACCCGGCUAUGAGUAAUCUACCUACACUGUUUCGGUCCUAAAGGUGAUGAGGGCAUUGCUUGCAGAGAUGUGCAUGGAGAUUGUACGGUUUGUAUCCGAGGCCAUCCUGGAGGUCAUCAUCCCUGCAAUUUUCCGUUUUGUACGGAUAUACAGCCAUGUGUCUCCAGUAUCCGGCAAGUCUCUGACAGAAUCAGAGAGAUCCUCUAGCACAAACCUGAAGGUUCGCAAGAGAGGCAACGGCAAGUCCUCAAGGUCUUGCACGCCCAAAUCAAGCUCCUCUCAUAAUGGGUAUGUUCAGUCAUUCUGUAACCUAAAGAAAACUGUUUCACCUAACUAUUCAUAACCCAUUUUGUGAAAAUAUGUUUUGUUAUCUGUAUAACAUUUUACUCAUAAUGACCAAUUUGACUGAUUACUGAAUGAUGUAUUAAUGUGACUACAGUGUCUACUAUCGAAGAUGGAAUGCUGUAUUGUUUGCUUUGUAUUCUCAAAGGUCUCAGACAGUGUUGCCAAGGACUCAGGGAGAUGGUGAGUCUAUAUCAUCUGAGCCACUCAGUUACUUUUUUGGGAUCACUGAGGACAGUCUCCUCACUAGUGUCCAGGAUUCCUUCAAAGAGUCGCUGACCAAUGUCCUCGGUAUCCAAAGAGAGGGCCAGGUAGACACUCAAACUCUAUCCCGGGUUAUUGUUGGAGAAGUGUCAAAGAAGGUCAACUCCAUAAUCUCCGUGGCCAUCCAAACUCCCAUCUCUGGGCGAAUGUCCCCUGUCAUUUUUGCCAGUGGUGGUGUCUCCAGCACCAAGGUAGUUGAGGAGAUGGUGUCUGGCGUCUCCAACAUACUUCAGAUGUUCAUUAAUGGGCAGAGUGUGGAGCAGAGUGUUGUUUUCAGAGAGGAUGGUGUUGAGGUGGAUAUGACACAUUUAACAGGACAGGUCCUGACAGCCCUCAGUGACACUGUUUUGAUCUGCAGUGAUAUGGAGGAAAAUGAUCCCGACAAGAGGGAACUGCUUUGUGUUGUUGCUGACCAUAUGAAGAUGUUUGCAUCUUGUAAAAGUUCUGAGGAGAUGCUAAAACAAGGAGAGAGCAACCUCAAUAUCAAAGGUGCCAAAUCUAGCAUUAGUCUGUCAACACAAAGUAUGGACAGACUACUCACGGAGGAGUUUCAGACCAAGGCCACUGAAUUGAUCAGGGAGAUUGUUAAAAGAUUCAGGGGUUGUACAUCAUGUUGUUCUGGCUCUACAUCAUCUAGUCCAACUCCUAGCAUAGGUGAGAAAGGAGACCUUAUGGAAAGCAAGUCUGCUGUGAUCGACCCUGAGGCGUCUGAGUUGGUAAGUACCUUUGUUUCAGACAUGGACAAUCUUACCCAGUCUAUCAGAGCAUUCUGCUCUCCUGCAAAGAGUGAGCAGAUCCUUCUUGAAAACCAUCAGAGUAAGAUCUGGUCUUACACUGUUGGUUGUUACUACGACAUGAAGAAUACACUUAAGAGGCUUCUUAACUGUCCAGAAAAAGGGGAUAUCUCAAGUACAUUUGUCGAGAGCACAAAAGAUUAUUUAACAAUGGUUCCAACUUUGUGCCCGGACGUCGGUCAUUCCAGUAAUGGUGAGGCUGACUCAUCGGACUCUGUUUCUUGUAAACCACUUUUAAUAACCCCCUCAUCUAUGAAUGAACAAAAAGGACAAAGUGAGAGCCCAAAACCUCUCUUGGCUCUCAAAAAGUAUUUGCAAGACCAAGUCCUCCUUGACACCACAAAAGAGAUUGCCAGCCAGGUUCUAGUCUUGUAUAAGACUGAGGUGAUGGAGAAGUUCUCAUCUUCUGUUGGAGGGUGUGAUUCUGAAGAGUCUCUGGAGGCCAUUCUAUUUGUGGAUGGCAUCAUGUCUGACUUGAAUGAUUUCACCAGUUCUUGUUCCGCCUCACCAUCUGAGUUGUUAGACAGUGAACAAUGUCUCUCUGAACUCACUUUUUCACUUGGUCUGCUGGACACCACCACCAACAGAACAGUCUGUGAAUCUACCCAGAGUCUUCCAGUUAUAAAUAUGAAGAAACUAUCCAGUGUGUCUUUCCAGACAAAGGCUAGAAAGGUAGUGAGUGAAGCUCUGAGAUCAGCCAACCCCUCUACAACCAGCUUACUGGGAGACUCUGAAGCUUCUAAGUUACUGGACACUUUUGUAACAGAUGUGGAGACUAUUGUUCAGUCCAUGCAGGCACAUGACUCUAAAAAUCUCAGAAUUUCAAAAGUGAGCACCCUUUCUGCUGCUCGUAUUAUAUAUAAUAGAUUUCGAGAAAUGCUGAGGCGGUUCCUCACUCCCUGCCAAGACUCUGUAAAGGUCAUAGAUGGUGUUACACCAAUAGAUGAUGAGACUCCCAAACAGGCUCCUAGUGAGAGUUUAGAUUCUCAGGUGACUUGUAGCAGUGAUUCUCUGGAAAUCCAAGCAGACCUUCGAACUUGUACCAAGGAGGUCAUUAGUCAGAUCCUAACUGUGUAUCACUCUGAGGAAUUAAUGGAAGAAUGCCUCUCUAGCCUAAAAGGAGAUACAGAAGACCUGUCCAAGCUUUUGGAUGCUGUUGUUUCUCAGAUUGACGUCCUUGCCACAUCCAGAUCAGAUUUAUCUUUUCACAAUUUGCAUGGUGAGAUCAACAAUGAUGAAGAGGAAGCAUCCUCUAGAAGUCUUAAAUCCACAACCUUUGACAAACUCUGUACUGAGCAGUUUCAAACUAAAGCCUCGCAUAUGGUUGGUGGGAUCCUUCAAUCAGGGUUGAUUGACAUUGUAAAUACCAGCCUUGAUGGUAGAAGUGCAGACAUUUGUGCAGAGUCCAGUAAUGAUGGUGAUGAUAGAGAUGUCAAAAUCUUUCAAAAGACUGGACCUCCAUCUUUAUUCACCUCUUCUCUGCACACCAAUUCUGCAGCCUCCAACAUCGUCAUAACCAUCGCUAAAGACCUUAAUAGCUUCACCCAGAUGACUAAAGUGUCUGAUGCUGCAGUGUCUGGCCAGUUAGAGAGAUCCCUGUCAGCUUCAACCCUUCCUGUCAGUGUUUACAACGGGGCCAAUGUGAAAGGAAAUACAAUUUGGCCAGGCACUAUUAACCUGUUCAACGGUGUGUUCACCAAGGUCAAGGAUUUCUUUGCCCAGCAACAACCGGUCCUCCUAGACAAUGUGGUUGAGGCCCCCAAACAUGACAAAUCUGAAUGCAGAACAGCUACUUCUACACAAAUGACUUACAGUGAACAUGAAGGCAGCCAGACCAGCAUGGUAAAUUAUUCCAAAGCCUUAAUUAGUCAGACUCUGAUGACAAUCCAGAGGAGAGUGUCCAUGUCAGAGAGGAUGAGCACCUCAGAGAAAGGCCUCUUGACUCGUUCCAUCGUGGGCUCCAUGUUGGAGGAUGUUGACAUGGUGAGUACUGAUGGACACCAGAUACACCGGCCAUCCUCCUCAAAGUCCUCCCUGUUCAUCACCUCUGCCAUGACCAGAGGGUCCCAGAGUGAUUUUACACAUUCUCUGCCAGGCACUCCAGUCCCCAAUGAGUGGCCUGUUGAAAGCUAUUGUCCUAUCAUUAGGAGUUCGGUCAUUGAUAUGAGUGACUCCUCAACUCAUUCACAAGGGUCAACAAAUUACACAAGGCAAACCAUCUCUGCCAUAGUUGACACGGUUAUGGAGGUCAUUCCAAGAGAAGAUACGGAACACAUAGCCACUGCAAAUGAUGUCACUUCUUUUACAAGAAGACUUGCGAGACUCAGCCACAGGGACGGUCUUCAGAACUUCUCACAUGAGCUCACUGACAAAGUUUAUGAGCUCAUAAAAAGUCACAACACCCCCCAGGCUCUUUUUGUGCCAGCCGGCAAGAGCGUGUCUGACUCUAUUCUUUUGAAGCUGAAGACAGGAUUGAAUGCUUCUGAAGAAUCCAGGGAGUUUCCAUCUGAGCUUGUGUACUCGUUUGCUAAGGAGUCAAUAAAACGUCUGCUACAGCAGAUUGUCUUCUGGCUUCCUCCACCAUCACAAGGAUCAGAUUUCUGCCAAACUAUCGUCUCUGAUGGUUCUCUGCAGGACACAAGUCGGCUUAUCCCGAGCUGUUCUGCCAUCUCCAUUAGUUCCUCACAGGUUUACUGUGACACAAAUAAGCUUUUCACCAAUAUAAUGGUCAAUCAGGUCAUGGAUACCUGUUCUGUGGCCUCCGAUUCAACAGAAGAAUUAGCAGAGUUGAUUAACAGAAUCAAUGGGUCUUCCACAACUGAUGCUGACUCUGGCAUACAGGCUCCCAUGACCACUAGCCGUCAGUCUAGUGCCAAAUCAUUGCCUAGACCCUCUCUGUCUGGCAGCAGCACAGCCAAAUGUGGAACUUUGGAUAUUCAAGUUUUAGGAGAAGUGGAAUCCAAGAUGGCCAACAAAGAUCUGGAGAUGUCUAGUGUCUCUGUGCAACCAUCAGCCAUGGACUCUGCCACAAAUCUGGCAGUUGACUCCACUAGCAAUGACUACACCUCUUUGGUAAUUUUACUGAUUGUUAGAUUGCUGUCAAUGAUCAGCCCUAUCACAUUACUGGAAUCCUCUGACAUUGGUGAAACAUCAAGAGUUCUCACAAAGAGGAUUCUGUCUGAGUUCUGUGGCACCUCAGGCCUUGAACCAACUCAAGCCUACCCCCAGAAUCUGAAAAUCAAAAAGAUUUUCAAGGCUGUCUACAAGGGGCUUCUUCAAGAAUUCGGGUCAGAGAAGAUGCUCCAGGUUGCAAUGAAGUCAACGGAUUAUGCAUUUGAUGAUGCCCUGGUCAAAUCAUUAACUAGGGAACUACUAACCAAAUGCAAUGAGGCUAGCUCUUCACCUACCUCCAUGACCCAGUUGUCGUCACACAAUGCACUUGGCAGUGAUGAGGUAGGCAAUUCUGAGCUUCCAACAACUGGUGGAAAGGAAAAGAAGAGAGCAAGAUUCAGCUUUCUCUGUGGACUCAAUCCAAAGGUACAUAUGUCAUCAAACAUUUUUUUA